AUGCAACAAGCCGUGCUUGAUCCAGAAUCACAAGUGGAAAAGGGUGAAAAUGCUCGUAUGUCAUCAUUUGUUGGUGCUAUUGCAAUUGCUGAUAUGGUAAAAACAACAUUAGGUCCAAAAGGUAUGGAUAAAAUAUUACAAUCUAUGGGGGGCCCUGAUAAGAGCAUUUCAGUCACCAAUGAUGGUGCGACGAUCCUUCGCAGUGUAUAUGUGGAUAAUGCAGCUGCAAAAGUACUUGUAGAUAUUGCUAAGACGCAAGAUGAAGAGGUUGGAGAUGGUACUACAAGUGUUGCUGUUCUCUGUGGCGAGCUACUGCGUGAGGCUGAGAAACUCAUUGAUCAGCGUAUUCACCCGCAGACUGUUAUCGACGGCUGGCGUAUUGCUCUGACUACGGCUAAUGAAGCACUUGUGGCUUCAGCCCAGGAUAAUUCCCAUGACGCUGACAAAUUCCGCGAGGACCUUAUGAACAUUGCGCGGACGACUCUCAGCUCGAAGCUGCUGACGUACGAAAAGGACCACUUUGCCCAAUUGGCAGUGGACGCUGUACUUCGUCUGCGUGGAUCGAGCAACCUUGACUAUAUUCAAAUCAUCAAGAAAUCCGGUGGCUCUCUCCGUGACUCAUACCUGGAUGAGGGCUUUAUCCUAGACAAGAAGAUCGGUGUGGGACAGCCUAAGCGUGUUGAGAAUGCCAAAAUACUGGUAGCAAACACGGGAAUGGACACGGACAAAAUCAAGAUCUACGGCGCGCGUGUUAAGGUGGACUCGAUGGACAAGGUAUCGGCAAUUGAGGACGCCGAGAAGGCCAGAAUGAAGGCCAAGGUGGAAAAGAUUGCCCGCUUUGGCAUCAACUGCUUUGUAAAUCGACAGCUUAUCUACAACUAUCCCGAGCAGAUUUUCUCGGAUAAGGGUAUCAUGGCUAUCGAGCAUGCCGAUUUCGACGGUAUUGAGCAUCUGGCUGCGGUCACCGGAGGUGAGAUUGCGUCCACAUUCGACAACCCAGACGAAGUGCAACUUGGUGAGUGUAAGCUGAUUGAGGAAAUCAUUAUUGGCGAGGACCGGAUGCUGCGGUUUUCGGGUGUCAAGACAGGCACGGCUUGCUCUGUGGUGCUGCGCGGUGCUAGCUCGCACCUGCUGGACGAGGCCGAGCGCUCACUGCACGAUGCGCUAGCCGUGCUGACGCAGACGGUCAAGCACUCGCAGACUGUAAUGGGCGGCGGCUGCACGGAGGUGCUGAUGGCGCAGGCCAUUGACAACAAGGCUCCGUCCGUACCCGGCAAAAAGGCAUUGGCGAUGGAGGCGUUUGCACGCGCACUUCGCCAGAUUCCGAGCAUCAUCGCUGACAACGGUGGGUUUGACAGCUCAGAGCUGGUGACGCAGCUUCGCGCGGCGCACCAUCGUGGGGAGACAACGGCUGGUCUGGACAUGCGCACUGGCUGCGUGGGCGACAUGGAGUCGUUGGGCAUCCGCGAGGCGCUGAAGAGCAAGACGCAAGUGCUGUUCUCAGCCGCUGAGGCUGCUGAAAUGAUUCUCAGAGUAGACGACAUUAUUAAGUGCGCGCCACGCCAGCGCAAGGGACAGUAA